AUGAGCAGCGUGCGCGGACGCGGCAAGGUAGGCUGGAGAGUAUACAAUAACUAUAAGUACCUCGUCCUUAGCAGUAGCCAGCGUAUGACCAAAAUACUAAUCUUGUUCCAGGUAACAUUGUUUCUGAUUGUGGCGUUAGCCGAUCAUUUCCACUGUACACCAACGGUCCUCAAAGGUAACGAUGUAGCAAACCUCAACAAUGAUAACCCAACUGAAGCGAAGCCUAUACUUAAUUCAAACACGGAGACAAAUGAAAAUGUUGAGCCAAAAGUAGAAGACAAUGAUCGAACAACAAUUGAACCAGUGAAUACAAACACAGAAGUAAAGGGCCCAGUCGAUGCUAAGGAACCUUCUUCAAACACAGAAAAUGCGAGCAGUCCAAAAGCACCUAACCCCGAGCCGCAACAACCUAAUUCAGUUCAUUCCUUGCCUAGAUUUAAUCCUCGUCAAUACCCUGGCUUCUAUCCUGUCCAAAACCCUGUUCCAUAUCCUGGCCUAAAUUCAGUUCAACAGGCUGUGCUGAUUCCCAGUCAACAACCUCCACAAUACCAACUUCCACAAGCUGAACAGAAUCUGGGUCAACCACCUCAGCUGUUCCCGCUGUACCUCCAACAACAGCAACCUAUGAUUUUUGGCGGUCAAUCCCCCUUACAAAUGCCUGAUCCAUAUGCUUUAUAUCCGGUACCGUAUCCCACACUAUAUCAACAGCAGUAUUCUCCUAAUUAUGAUUACCCUACUUUCUCCGUUCUCGUGAUUUAAGCAGCCAAUGGUAAUCGAACCAAAUAUCCCUGAUUACCAGAACUUAGGUCUUACGCUCUGUGCAAUCAAUGUGACGG